GGCCGAUCUCACCGGCUGGAUCACAUGCGGAAGCCAGUACCAACUCAGUUUCAGAACGGCAAUACUCGGUCUCGUCCAUAACCAGACUUCCGAUCCUGUUCCCCGACUUUACGAGCCGGACUAUGAUACGUGCUUCGGGGUGGUAACAUUACUGUGAUAUUGCCAGUGGGAAUGAGCUAACUGUCAACAGAUACAACUAAACGCUCCAAACCUACGACUGGAUAAUCUCGGAAAUACUGAUGUAUCUCGCAUUGAUGUAAAGCUUAAAUUCGAUGGCCAUAUCGCAACGGUACGCAACUACGAAUCUAUGGCAUACGGAGGGCUUCUCGAGCGCAAGAAUUCGGAACCCCUAGUCGAUCUCUUAGGAAGAUUCACUGUAACUUUAUUUGCAUUUUUGCUUCUAAAGAAGAUCAAGAAGGCCAACAAAGUUGAGAACAAACUAGCGGAGUACAAAUUGUGCAUUGCAGUUCAUGGAGAACAAAAGAACGCGAAUGCUAUUGGGGAGCUGCUAGGUAAUUCAGAGAUAUACCUUCAGCCUCCUCAAGCAUUCCAGCCAUCAGUACCGUACUUCAACCCGCAAUACUUGUACCGGCCAGGUACUGAAGACAUGAUUCAAGAUUCAUAUAACCAAAGUACAGAAUGUUCCAGCUCCGCGAUCUUGGCUGAUGACGAUCCGUUGAAAUAUAAAGUUCUUCAGGUGUUUGAUUCCGCCGAAGGUCCUCAACAUUUUGCUGAAAUUCGGGCAAGCUCCCGUUUGCGCACGUCACUGAAACCUCAUCAAGUGAAGGCGUUAUCUAUGAUGAUGGAAAAGGAAAGUGGAAGACUUGAUGGCAAUGAAUUCGGCACCAUGUGGGCUCCAUUCACUCACAUCGAUGGAAAAAUAAGGUAUCGGAAUACCGCCAUUGAUUUCGUUCAAUCCGAAAAACCGCACCUAUGUCUUGGUGGUCUUCUUGCUGAUGAAAUGGGUCUUGGUAAAACUCUAUCGAUGCUCGCCCUCAUUACGCUACAGCUUGACCGCAUGAAAAAUCCAAAUGCUAAACAUGCUGACUCCUCUCCGAUACAAACCACGUUGAUCAUUACUCCUAUGUCGGUUCUUCAAAUAUGGGAAGAGCAAAUCAAGAGACAUACGCAUCCCGGAACACUAUCCUACUGUGUUUACCAUGGCUCUUCAAGGCAAAAUUCGUGGCCCAAGCUGAAUGAAUUCGACAUUGUCCUCACCACGUAUGAUACCCUUGUAUCAGAGUCCGAAGCAAGAAAACGGCGAAACAGGGAAGCAAAAGCUCUCAACGGACUUAAAUGGCACAGAAUUGUUCUUGAUGAGGCUCACAUGAUCCGAAAUCCGUCUUCGAAACGUCACCGAGUUUUAAAGGAGCUGAAAGCAAGGCAUCGCUGGUGUCUCACUGGAAGCCCUAUGUUCAACCGUGUCGAAGAUUUUGGAGCAUUGCUCAGCUUCCUCCGCAUCACUCCCUUCAAUGAUCUACGCUUUUUCAACUCCGAAGUUACAAACAACUUGAGGAGCAACCCGGAAAAGGCACUAGAUACCCUCCGAAAACUUGUCCGAUCCACCUCCCUCCGGAGGACCAAGGCAUCGGUUUUUGGGGAUCUUGAGAUGCAACCUCGAGAAACCCGAAUCGAGGAAGUUUUCCUUAACGAUGAAGAACGCGAGCGAUAUGAGAUCCUUAAGAAAAGCUAUUCAAGGAUCCUCGAGACACAACCGUUUUCGAAGAAGGCAAAAACGUCCACACAAAGCAUCUUCCAGACGAUAUCAAGGCUUCGGAGAUUCUGCGAUCAUGGCUCGGAACUUCUUCCACGAGCUGCUCUGGCAAUCUUCGAAGGCUUUGUUGAUGAAGAUGCAGUUGCAAAUGAACUAUUCAAAUCGUCGGAUAUCUGUGCAAUCUGCACGAAGUCACUGAAGAUCCGAGGAAAGGAUGAAGAAGUAGACCCGCAGCUAGACUGCGGACAUCCAGUUUGCUCUCGCUGCGAGAAGAAAGACGAUAGCUUACUUACUGAUGGAGGAAGUUGCAGGCUGUGUCUUGACAGCAGAGCAUUGACCCCGAUACCUAGCACGACACCUGGACGUCUCUCUACAAAUCCUCAAUCUAUCGAUUCCAUGGACUUUGAUAUGGCAUACAAACCAUCAUCCAAAGUUGUGGCUUUGUUGAAGAACCUCCAAGCUGAAAGAGCAGAUCCAACAUGGCCGCCACUAAAAAGUGUGGUCUUUUCUUGCUGGACCAAAAUGUUGGACCAAAUUGAAAAGGCUCUCAAGCUCAACGGCAUCCAAUUUAAGCGCAUUGAUGGCAGCAAGUCCGAUCGUGCGAGACGCACUGCGCUAGAAAAGUUCCGCACACACGAGGGGUACUGCGUCCUCCUUGCUUCCAUUGGAAGUGCCGGUGUUGGGUUGGACCUCACAGCCACUUCCAGAGUGUACAUGAUAGAACCGCAAUGGAGUCCAAUGGCGGAAGAACAAGCUCUGGACAGAGUGCACCGAAUGGGCCAGACUCGGAACGUGGUUGCCACGCGGUACGUGGUGCGGAAUUCCAUCGAGGAAUAUGUCAUUGCCGUGCAAGAAAUGAAGUCCAGCGUCAUCAAACGCUCACUCGAGAACAACGAGCACAUGGAAUAUCUGUCUGUCAGGGAAAGGUUCAUGAAGUAUCUUGAAGAAUCAUAGCCUUGAUUUGGAAAGCCAUGCGUAGGGAAUAGGAAAUUAUCCGUACCUGGUAUCGUGCUCCUGAUUUCACGUAUACUACUACAACAGUACUUGGUAGAACAAACAAGGCGAAUGAAAAUAAAGUAAAUAAAUCGGAAACGAACAGUGGUGGUUCGGACUCGUGAAAUGGAUCUCUAAAAAAAAUCGUGCGAGAUUU